ACAUUUUUAGUUAUGGCUGAUGUUUCUAUUGGAUAACAUCUUAAUGACCGUUGCCGAAUUUUAGUGUUGAAAUAAAUCAAGAUUCUUAUUCGGUGUUUGAGAGUGAAUUUUAAUAAUUAUUAAAUACAGUUAUAUUUUGUGUGAAUUAGUGUAUUACGUGGUAACUAAACGGUGUUAAUAGAAAAAAGGAAUGUUUGUUGUGUCCGCAUAUUAAUAGGAUCAGUGUAAAAUCUAUUGGAUUACGGUUUCGCUGUUUAUUUAAUUGUUGUGUACUACAGAAUCGGUGUCAUAAUAAAGGGCAUAUCGAUGAGAUCUCACUAGGUCUCUGACGAGCGUCGCCACGCUGCUCGGAUCACUUACUUAGGGGCGGUGUGUGAGUGUCGCACCGCCAUGUCCCACCACAGCGACGAGCAGGCCCUGCUCACAGUCGCCUCGGACUCAUUCUGGGAGCCGGGCAACUACAAGCGUACAACCAGGCGGAUCGACGACGGCCACCGACUGUGCGGUGAGCUGCAAGCGCUGGUGCAGGAGCGCGCCGACAUAGAGAAAACGUACGCGAAGAGCUUACGGGGCUGGGCAAAGAAAUGGAACGAUCUAAUUGAAAAAGGUCCUGAAUAUGGUACAAUGGAGGCAGCAUGGAAAGGCGGCAUGGUGGAAGCGGAGAGGCUGUCCGACCUACACUUGGGUGUACGGGACAGGCUCGUCAAUGACGUCAUCACGCAAAUCAAGAACUGGCAGAAAGACACGUAUCACAAGUCAAUGAUCCAGCUAAAAGAACGCAAAGAAAUGGACGAAGCAUUCAAAAAGGCCCAGAAGCCGUGGGCGAAACUUCUACAAAAGGUGGAACGAACCAGGCUGGAGUACCACACCGCGUGCAAACAAGAGAGGACGGCACAGAACCAGGAGAGAAACGCCAGCGGCGAUAGCUCGUUAAGUCCAGACCAGAGGGCGGCGUCGGUAAGCGUGAAGAAAAUGGCGGAACGAGUCGCGAAAUGCCGUGAGGAAGUCUCGAAAAAUAGGGAGAAAUACCAAGCGGCGCUGGCUGAGAUUACCGCGUACAACCCUCGCUACAUCGAGGACAUGAACGGUGUCUUCGAGCGCUGCCAACAGAUGGAGGCACAACGCCUGACCUUCUUCAAAGACGUACUCUUCAGCUUCCACAAGUGCCUCAACAUCAGCCAGGAACCAUCGUUACCACAAAUAUACGAAGAGUUCCACCACACCAUCAACAACGCGGACCACCAGAAGGACCUCAAGUGGUGGGCGAACAACCACGGCAUCAAUAUGGCGAUGGCGUGGCCCCAGUUCGAGGAGUACACGGAGGAGUUCCGGGACAUCGCGAAGGGCAAGUCCAAGGAGAGCCUCCCCACUGGGCCCAUCACGUUGCUCAACCAGCGGCCAGUCAGCGAAGACGAGCUGCCACCUAUCAACGCGAAUAAUAAGUCGAGCGGCAAGGCUGCCAACCACACGGAGCCGCCGGCCGCCAACAACACUGUUGUGAACAAUACGAAUAGUACGACUGCUAAUAAUACCAUAGACAAGAAGACCAUCAGUGCACCAAUUGCUGUCACAAACGGCACCGCGUCAGCGCCGAAGUCGAAUAAGACGUCGCCGGCGAAGGAGUCGGCCAAGGGCGCGGAGAACCCGUUCGAGGAGGACGAGUGGGACGAGGAGUCGGGCGGCGCGCUCACGGACACGGGCGAGCCCGGCGUGCCCGUGCGCGCGCUCUACGACUACACCGGCGCCGAGAGCGACGAGCUCAGCUUCCGCCAAGGUGCACUCUCACGUUAUGUACAUAUAUACAUAGUGUCCCCAUAAACAGUCUUCGAGAAAAACGGGAUAACUUUUUGAACUAUAUGAGUGAUUCUCUUACACUGAUAAAAAAACGAGUCAGCUAAUUUGACAAUUAGCUGACAAAAAGUUGACCCGUUUUUCGAUGCUCAUUACUCUAUUUAUAUAAUCUAAGUGUACAGUAUAUCCUGGAUCAUUAUUACAAUGCUCUUUAACAGGGGUAGCCAAGCGGUCGAUCGUGGGAAACCAAAAAAUAUAAAUUACUCUGCACUGCGACAUAUUUCUAAAAGCUAGGUCAUCCUCAGAUCUAGAUUUCUAGGCAUUGGUUCCUAACGAGAAAUAUAGAAAUUUGAAGAAAUGUGUUGAACAACUGCAUUUGUGUUUUGGUUCAACAUAUUUAUGUGAGUCAGCAUUUAAAGAAAUACAUGGAAUUUUUUAAAGUUGACAAUUUCCAACUACAAACCUGAUUUUGCUAAUCUACGAUCUCGGACUAAGAAUAAUUUUCAGUUUUAUGUUUUCUCUCUUAAUAAAAUAAAGAAUACUACAAUACUACGUAAUUUUGUACUGAACUAUGUCGUUUCAUUUGAGAUUUUAAGAACUAUAUAAUUAAUAGAUAUCUCCGAGUUCGUCAGUAAACAGCAGAUCUUCGAUCAGCUUGAUCGUUCAGAUCAAGUCAGCCACCUCGGCUCUAUGAGAUAUCCCGACGGUGUAGGACAUUAUCGACCGAGAGAGCAAAUGUAAUGACAGUGAAGUGAGUUCAUUAAUAUUGCAUUUCAGGUGAUUUAUUUGAGAAAUUGGAGGACGAAGACGAGCAAGGCUGGUGCAAGGGCCGCAAAGACGGACGAGUCGGUCUCUACCCGGCCAACUACGUGGAAACGGUCGGACACUAGCGCCCCGCCUCGUCGCCUCGUCGCCUCGCCGUCGUCUCGCACUCGCCACGCCGUCGCCACACACUCGCUAAGAUAUUGCGGUUACUUUAUACCCGAACACCUUCACGAAUUAUGUGGUUAUAUUUCGCAGGGCUCAUUAAUUGCAUAUUUUUUUUGUUAAUAUCUGUCGAUAUUUGAACUAGAUCCCAGGGCCGUAGCUAGAAACAAGUUUAAAGUAGGGUAAAAGAAAUUUUUGGUAGGGCAGAAGCCAUAAUUAAGUGACUUCGAAGAAGCGAAUCUAUCUAAUUUUCUUGGGGCCUUUCAUUUUAAGGUAGGGGGUUUGCCCCUCAAUGCUAACUUUUAAAUAACUGCUCAAUAUUAACUUUUCUUAAACAUUUUCCAUGUACAUAUAUCAUGUAAUAAAUUACCAAAUGCAUAUAAUGCUGCGCUGUACUUUAUGUUAUAAAAUUCCCGUAUUGGUUAUUUAUAAUAUAAAUCAGUUAUAUGAAUAGCCUUCACAGACCUAUUAAUUUGUGGAAAUUUAAUAUAUAAAAAAAAAACUAUAUGCAAAUUAAUUGUAUUGAAUUAAUUUCAAGCUCCCAGCGACGCGUCGUGGCAUUGCGAGAUGUCGUGUAUGUAUGACUGGAUUCCCUGUAAAAUUAGUUAUGUUUUAUAAGCGCGAGUCAUGCUGUAGUCAUUGUAUUAUAACUGUAACGGACGGUGUGUUUAAGUACAUUACAAUUACUUAGUUAAUGUGAUCACUGUGAAAUCACCUCACAUCGGUUGUGUCGAUCGCGACAUUGAAAUAUUCUUAUGAAGUUAUGAUAUUUUCGAUGCCAACCGAAGCAUAAACAUCGAACUUGUAUCCCUUUUUGAUUUUACUCGGAGAAUUUUGGACCCAAAUUUUGUACAUUUUUAAAGUAACAUAUAUACCCUGAUGUGUGGAGGUGCAUAUACAUUGGUCCUCAGUGCAAUUGAUGGAUAUUUUUGGAUACAAUUGUUCGUAGGUACAACGUGGAAACCAAAAAUGUUUAUUUGUAUCUUUUAGUGGCAUUUUUAAUAUUGAUUUUACAUAUACUUUGUAACCAUGUAUUUGUUCGAUUGCGCGCGAAGUUUGGCCGUAGAAGAAAUGUUUUGAAUUGUACAUUUAAUUGUAGUUUUAAAUAUAUUCAGAAAAGAAAUAAAUUUCAAUAAGUAAAAAAUAAAUGAUAAAAUAGCAAUAAUGAUUGAGAAGUACAAUAAACCUGUCCUAAAAAUUUUGUGUCAGAUGUAACAAAUUCUAUACUUUUUCUGCGCUCGAUUUUCUUGUACGCCGGCCGAUCGUACGCAAUCGAAUGAAUACGUAUCUAUAGUUAGUAGCGCCAGACACUGUCCUAAUUUCAAGAAACUCGGUACCAACCGGCGAGGAGUCUAGCCAAGCCAAAAAAUGAAGGCCAAUAAAUAAUGUAGGUACACCAAACAGUAAGUGGCAAUGGGAUAUUUUGUGAUAUACGUGGCUGGUUGUCGCCGCACUUGCUUUGGUGUGGUUAUGUACAUAUACAUGAUUAUGUUAUCGUGCAUAUAGAAUAUUUAUUUCCCAUUGUAUAUAAUGUAUAAUUAUGCGAGUGUAACGGGGCGGCCGCUCAGUGUGCCGCUAGUGGACUGAAUACGGGCCUAAUGUUUUUACGCCCAUGUUUGUAUUCCCGCGCUGAACGCGUGCCGUUAAGCGCCCGCUCGACUAGCGCCACCUCGUUUAGGUUAGAUAAUAUUAAUAAUUAAUAUAUUAUGAGAAUGUUUACCUUUUCUUUUCCUUUUAUACCUCGUUUUAAACAUUGUUGUAUAUGUAAUUAAAAUGCGGGAAGUCAUUAGUGGAGGCUGCGUUUUAUCACUUGACUCGUGGAUAUUGUGUCGGUCGUGUAGUUCCCUUAGUCGUAGCCCCUUUGUUUUCUUUGUUAUGGGUUCAGAAACCUCUUGCAAAUUAAAUGUAUUAUAUUAUUAUCAGAGAGAGGGUGGUUUUGGACCACAUAUGUUAAUAUAUUAUUAAUAUUGGUAAAAUAAAUUGUUACAUAUGAUA